GCGCGCUUUCCGGCCGGCUUUGCGGCCGCGCUGCCGUAUUCCCGCGGGGCGCCCGAGUCCGUUCCCGGCCGGGCCGCGGGUGGGUGGCGGGGGCUGCCGUGGCUGGCAUGAGCCGCGCGGCCGGCGGAGCAGGGGAGCCGAGCGGGAGCCAUGGCCAGUACGGUGGUCGCCGUUGGACUGACCAUUGCGGCGGCAGGAUUUGCAGGCCGCUAUGUUUUGCAAGCUAUGAAACAUAUGGAACCUCAAGUAAAACAAGUUUUUCAAAGUCUGCCAAAAUCUGCCUUCAGUGGGGGCUAUUAUAGAGGUGGAUUUGAAACCAAAAUGACAAAACGGGAAGCUGCAUUAAUACUAGGCGUCAGUCCUACUGCCAACAAAGGAAAAAUAAGAGAUGCCCAUCGACGGAUUAUGCUUUUAAAUCACCCAGAUAAAGGAGGAUCUCCCUAUAUAGCAGCCAAAAUCAAUGAAGCUAAAGAUUUACUAGAAGGUCAAGCUAAAAAAUGAAGUGAACUUGAAUUUUAA